CGGGAGUGCACGGCCAUGGGGACAUGGACUGGAGACAUCCCACACUGUGAAGCCGUCACCUGCCCUGUGCUCAAUGCACCAGACCAAGGAGAGCUGAACUGCUCCCAUCUCCAUGGGAACUUCACCUUUGGUUCUACAUGUGCCUUCUCCUGCCAGAAAGGGUUUGUGUUGAUGGGGCCAGACAUCUCUGAGUGCACGGCCACAGGGACCUGGUCUGAAGACACUCCACGCUGUGAAGCCAUUGCCUGUCCAGUGCUCAAUGCUCCAGACUGGGGAGAGCUGAACUGCUCCCAUCUCCAUGGGAACUUCACCUUUGGCUCCACGUGUGUCUUCUCCUGCCAGAUGGGGUUUGUGCUGAAGGGGUCAGAGACCCGCGAAUGCAUGGCCACGGGGACCUGGACUGGGGACUCCCCACAGUGCAAAGCCAUCACCUGUCCAGUGCUCAGUGCUCCAGACCAGGGAGAGCUGAACUGCUCCCACGUCCAUGGAGACUUUGCCUUCAGCACCAUAUGUGCCUUCUCCUGCCGGAUGGGGUUUGCACUGAUUGGGUCAGAGAGGCGUGAGUGCAUGGCCACAGGGACAUGGACAGGGGAUGCAACACGAUGUGAAGCCAUUGCCUGUCCAGUGCUCAGUGCUCCAGACUGGGGAGAGCUGAACUGCU